AUGCCUCGCUUCUCUGGAAAGACCGUAAUCAUCACUGGUUCCUCCCAUGGAAUCGGUAGAUGUGUGGCUUUGAUGUUUGCUAAAGAGACAGCUAAUGUGACAAUCACCGGAAGGAAUGCCCAACGUCUUCAGGAGACAAAAGACCUAAUUUUGAGUUCUGGAGUCUCAGAAUGCCAUUUAAAUUCUGUUUUGGGUGAUGUGACGACUUCUGAAGGGCAAGAUGAAUUGAUCAAAACAACGUUGGACAAGUUCGGAAAAAUUGAUAUUCUGGUCAAUAACGCCGGCGCCUCAAUCAUGGACAUUUCUGGUCCAACUGGAGUGGAUCAAAGUAUGGAUAUUUAUCAUAAGAAUAUGCAGCUGAAUCUGCAGUCGGUGAUUGAGAUGACGCAGAAAGUGAAGCCGCAUUUGAUGGAAACCAAGGGGGAGAUUGUGAAUGUUUCGACAAUUGGAGCUGGACCACAUGCGCAGCCCGACUUCCUCUACUACUCCAUCGCCAAAGCAGCACUUGACCAAUACACUCGUAGCUCUGCCAUCGACCUCAUCCAACACGGAAUUCGUGUCAACUCCGUGAGCCCCGGAAUCGUCGUCACUGGAUUCAUUGGAGCCGCCGGCUUGGAGUAUGAGUCAGCUCGCAAGUUUUACGAGAAACUGGCUAGCAACAAGCAAUGGAUUCCGGCAAUGGUCGCUGGUAAGCCGGAGGAUAUUGGCAAUGUUAUUUUGUUUUUGGCCGAUCGGAAACUGUCGUCUUAUAUCAUUGGACAAUCGAUUGUUGCUGAUGGAGGGUCCACUUUGGUGAUGGGUGUGGAUUUUGGAGCAGCCAUGCAAUAA